AUGACGGCAUAUGGUGCAGCAAAUUCUGUGGGGAAUACAAUUGAUUAUAUUCUCCAUUCCUCUCAUUUUAGCCUCAUUGGUCUCGAUCGAGAUACCUUACAAAUCUUACAAAUCGCUAACGAUCAGUUGGAGUACCUACAAAACGUUCUGGAAAGAUUGGACAGGACAAGCAAAAGCAAGAGCAGGAAGAAGGUGAAUGGUUUGGAUGGAAGAAUCAAAGAGAUGAUUUGGGAAUUCCAAGACUUAUUGGAAACUCUUCUCUACCAACAGAUUCUUCCACAACUUCGUGCAGACCAUCUAUAUGAAGAAAUGAAAGACAGAGCACGGGGCGAGCCGCCCGAGAAGCAAGCUAUUACAGCGAGCGUCUGGAGCAGUACGGAGCCGAGGAGCAAGCCAGUGGAAGUCGGCUUAUUGACAUCUGGUCUCUCACAACCACAGUUUCUAAGUGAAGUGGGGUUGAGAGAAUCAGAUUCUCAUGAGAGAUUCUCCAUUGAUCUGAAAUCCCUACAACGUCAUGUGCCUUCCUUCAGCUCCAGGCUCGAGGAUAUGGCGAAAGAAUACAGUUAUGAAGUGUACAAUAUGCCUGAAGACGACGACGACGUGGACGAAUCUAUUUCCUCAAGAAGUGGGACCAAGUCCAAGAUGGUUGGAUUAUCGGAUCAAUUCCAACAUCUGAAAAGGGAAUUUAUGGGAAGUGAUGGCAGUUACAAUUACAUCGCACUUCUUGGAACUGCAGGCGUCGGGAAGACUGCUCUUGCUGAGGCACUUUUUGAGGAUCCAGAAAUCCUGAGUCGUUUUGAGCAUCGCGUGUGGGUUACAGUAGGCAGAAAAUCUCAAUAUGAUGGAGUCUGGCAAGUCAUUCAAGCUCAAUUGUGUGGAAUCACACACUCGGAAGAAAGAUUGAAGGGCGAGAAAUGCCUCAUUGUGCUCGAUGAUGUGUGGGAGAGACAAACAUUGGAUUCCUUGAUAAGUUCCUUACUGAAGAAAUUUGGUAGAUCAAUUCAUAUCUUGGUUACUACUCGAGACCGAAACGUAACUUUCUCAAAAAUGGAUUGGCCUACUUCUACAAUAGUGGUGCGGUUUUUGAAUGAAGAAGAAAGUAAGGAGCUACUAUGCGAGAAGGUGUUUGGUGAAAAGGAUUGCCCUUUCAAGCUUGACAAGGCCGUUACCAAAAUUGCCAAGAUUUGUGAAGGUCUUCCUCUCACGAUAGUCACAGUGGCUGACAUCCUAUCAAAAGCACAGAAUACAGAUGCAGAAUACUGGGACGAUGUAGCAGAAAUGCGAAAUUCAGUCUUCACUGAUGCAUACGAUGAGAUAUCAAAGGUACUUUUCCCAAGUUACGAAUACUUACCUCAAUAUCUUAAAAUGACUUUUCUGUAUCUGGGAGUCUUCCCUCCAGAUUAUGACAUCCCUCUUUCCAAGCUCAUGAAUAUGUUGGGUACUGAGAGUUGGUUUCGUAACCCCAUCAAAAAACAAUCUUUGAAUGAUUCUGUCUGGGUAUGUUUGAACGAGCUUUGCACUUAUAGGAGUCUUGCUUUAUCCAAACGAAGAAGCAUUUUUAGUUUCCUAUUGAGUUUUCCUUAUCGCGAGUUUAAAACUUGUCGGCUUCAUUCUUCGUGGAGGUAUGUGUGUAGACGAGAGGCCCGGAAGAACAAGUUUUAUCAUGUCUUAAAAAAGCUUGUUGAUGGCUUAGAAGAUGGUGUAAAAGGUCAGCAUUGCUUGUGUCUUGAAAAUAAUCUUCUAUUUGGCAUCAAAGAAUUUUGCAGCUAUGUGAGAUUGAAUUGUGCAUCCUCUACACGUUCUCUCUUUUUUUUUGGUCCUUACCACAAAUACCCAAUACCAAUAGGUGACGAUUUCAAGUUGCUUGGGAAACUAGAUGCUCUUAAACUUCGUUUGUACACUUUCCCAUCAGAAAUUCUGGCACUAGUCCUACUCAAGUACCUUGCUCUAACUUGCAAUGGAGAACUCCCUCCAACCAUAUCCAAACUUUUCAACCUUCGAGUCUUGAUUAUUCAUCCACAUAGAAACAUUAGAAUUUGUAGAGCUCCAUCAUAUGUACCAAUCCAAAUAUGGGAUAUGCAAGAGUUAGAGCAUAUUGAGAUAUUGGGGAGGAACCUUGUAGCUCCAUAUCGUUCUACUUCUUUGGAAAAGCUCUCAACACUUGUAGGUGUGAAUGCCAACAUUUGUACUAUCUCGGAACUCGUCGGACUAGUUCCUUGCAUAAGAAAAUUAGCAGUACAGAUCGAGCUGAUGCCUUGUGAUGACCAAAAUGACUUUUUAAGUUGCUUUGGUUGUAUUUCAACACUUGGAAGUUUGAGGAUACUGAAAUUUAGUAUCUUAAAUCCUAUGGUCAAGUACGAUCACGCGUGUCGUAGUUCAUUGAUGAUGUUGCCACGGGGAUUGGAAAAGUUACAUUUGAGUGGCAUGGAUUUUCCUUGGGAAUACAUGGAUGUAAUUGGCUCUUUGCAACAUCUUGAAGUGCUCAAAUUGCGAGCAUACGCCUUUCGGGGUUCAAAGUGGGAAGCGCAAGAGGGAAGUUUUAUGAAUCUUAAGUUUCUUCUAAUUGAAGACAGUGAUUUGGUGCAAUGGAAACCAAGAUCUGGAAGCUUCCCUAAUCUUAUGUACCUAAGCAUGAAACAUUGCUACAAACUAGAAGAGAUCCACUGGCCGUCUAAUUAUCCAUCCGGAACUAUUGAAUUAGUGAACUGCAAUCACGUAGCUUUGGCUUGUGCCAAGCAAUUGCAACCGAGUGCAGAUACUCGCGUUGAUGUUAUUGCCUCCUUUUCCUUUGACGCCGAGAAACCCAUUACAAUCAAGUUUACAAGGCCAGAAGCAUGAAGAGUGGUGACGGAGAUGUGGUGUUUAUAUAGGAACUGCUAAGUCUAGUUUUGGUAAAGAACAAUUAUGUUCAUUUCAAAACUUUGUGAAUUUGUGAAUUCUAAUUACCCUCAUAAUAGGCUUUACGUUGCUACAUUUGUCUUUCUACAUAUGAGAAUUUCACAAGUAAUUUAAA